AUGGUAGACCCCGGAAUACAUCGAGACGAAGUUUUAGACCGUCAGGUGAAUGGCCUACCAGGGAGUAAAGUUGCCAAGAGCGUCUUCCAACGGGGACAUUACUCAGAGCUCGUGGAGAAGCAGCGCACCUCCCACCACCAGGAGGCUGGUGAGAAGUUUGCAGCUGAAAUCAACAGCGCGGAAGCCGGUAGUAAAUCCUUCCUCUCCGCUGAAAAGGUCGGUGUCUACGAUCUCAGCCAGUCAGGCGACGACGAAGCCGAAAAAGGGUAUUUCACCCAAGCAGCAAAGGAGGCUUCCGCUGCUCAUCAUCCGUCGGAACUCGUGAAGAAGUCGCCUUUUUCAUGGCACAAUCUGUCCUCAGCAUUAAACCGGAUUUGCAAGCUUAGUCGCCCGGAGCUUGCCACUAUCCUUGUCGCGACUGUGGCAGCCACGCUUGCCGGCCUUGGGAUUCCCGCUCAAUCCGUGAUCUUUGCAAGCCUUCUCAACUCUUUGCACUUGUCUCCCAACAGCUUGAUGCGGGACCGAGUGGACUUUUGGGCGUUGAUGUACCUUGUAAUAGGGCUAGGCAUGUUCGCCGCCUAUUUGGGCCAAGGCGUGGGCUUCGCCUACGCGGCCGAGAAGCUCACGCAUCGAACACGACAGCGGGCUCUCCGCUACCUUCUGCGCCAGGAGGUGGCCUUCUUUGAUGCCAAGGAGAACUCGAUUGGGACCCUAACCUCCCUCCUAUCCUCCGCGCCCAGUGAUCUGAACGGACUCAGCGGAUCAGUGCUGGGGGCUCUCCUGACCUUUCUCGCCACGAUCCUCGGAGGCAUCGUCCUGUCCCUGGGAAUGGGGUUGAAGCUGGCCCUCACUGAACAUGGAGGCUCGCAUGCUGAACCACUACAAUGA